AUGUUCAAUUAUGCACUAUAUUGCAAUCAGAGAAAUAUUAAUACCUGUUUGUCUCAAGUUGUAAAAUAUUACAUAAUGUAAACACACACACAUAAUAAAUAAAAGUAAAUAUUAAAUAAAAAGUUACAUUCUAAAAUCAUUCAUUCAGCUCCAGUAAGCACUUAUCUUUGAAACUUUGGGCCCAAUGUGAGAGAUUUCACCUACAGUAUAACGAGUUGAAAUUCCAUGCACCAAACUUUACACUGACUCACACAUACAGGUAAAUCCUCCAACAUGCAGAUUUCUAUGCAAUAUAUCUUAAAAAUUGUUCUGUACACCACAGAAACAGAUCUAUUAUAAUUUCUCUUAGCUUACCUUAGCAUAUUUGUUUUGAAUCGAGAUCUUGGGUGCCAAAGUAAUGCCACCUCUGGGCUGUAGUAUUACAGUUUAUCUGGACAGAGAUUUGCACAGUUAUGAUCCAAAAUCUAAUGGAAAGACUUUCCAGAACAGUAGAACAGGUGCCUACAACAAUUUGGACAUAUUGUGUAUCUUAGCACUCUAGACAUUCCAGUGAACAAUAGAGAAAGCUUAAAGCAUAAUUUACUGUUCAGGAGGUUACUGACAUGACGAAACUCUGACCGAGCCUACAAGGGGAGGAGCUGAAGGGUGUUUUCUUUUUUAGUUUCAUGAGUCACAGUAGUGUAACUCAGGCAGUGUUACAAAGUGUGUAGCUUACAAUGCUCUGGCAAAUGCUUAUAUACUGAUGUUUAAAAAGUAACAUUUGCUGAAUAAAGUAAUGGUGGUAAUAGUAUAUAAUAUAGCCCUUUUCUCAGUUCUGCAUAGAUCGGUGUCUACUUUCACUUUGAUUGUUCUUGGCUUUCUAAAUCGGCAAAAUGGAAUAUGUUGGAUUUAAUGUGCCACAAAAGAUCCCAGAGGAAUACAUCAACAAAGUCACAGAGGCAGUCCAGUCUAUAAGCCCGGAGAAAAUCCCUCAACAGUUUAUGACUUUUCUGAAAAUGUAUGAUCAGUUUAAGGUGGAUGUUGCUGUGACAGGAGAUUCUGGCUCAGGAAAAUCUACACUCAUAAAUGCUCUCCUUGGACUGGAUCAUGAUGCUAAAGGUGCUGCACCAACAGGAGUUGUAGAGACCACAAUGGAACCUAAAGUGUAUCAAUAUCCAAACUGCCCCCUUGUGAGACUGUGGGACCUUCCCGGGAUGGGCACACCCUCUUUUACAUCAAAGAGUUAUAUAGAGACAAUGAACUUUAAUCUCUAUGACAUGUUUUUUGUAGUGAUAUCUGAACGAUUUCGAGAAAACAACAUGCUUGUGAUUGAUGAAAUACAUAAACAAAAAAAGCCUUUUUAUGUUAUUAGAACAAAAGUAGACAACGACUUGCAUGCACAGAGUAGGAAAAAUAACUUCACCGAAACUGGUGCUUUAACUGUCAUGAGAGAUGAAUGUUUAAAAUAUGUAGAACAGAAAAACUUGCACCCACAUAUCUUCUUAGUGUCAGCACAUUAUACACAGAAGUAUGACAUGCAGAAGCUUAAGGACACUUUUAAGAAAGAGGCUCCAGAAAUCAAAAGAGAAGCUUUCCCCUUUUUCCUGGCCAGUUUGUUCAGCGGAGACUGGUGGAAACAAAGGACUAUCAUGCGCCAGGCUUUGCAGAAUGGGAAAAUCAACGAAAAGGACGUAACAGACCUAAAAACCUUAUGCAAAACUUUUGCCAUUGCAAGUGGGACUGGAAAAUUUAAGACUACAUUGGAGGCUCUAGAAAACUUUCAGCUUGAUGUGGCUGUUUUAGGGGAUUCACGAUCUGGGGUAACUACUCUUCUGAAUGGUCUAAUAAGACAGCAGAAUGGAGCUUUUUGUUCAGCACAUGCCAAAACACCAGCAACAAGUACUAAUUACCCAAAUGUCAGAUUCUGGGAUAUGUCUGGAAUAGAGAACAUUAUGGAAAACUCCUUAGAGAAGAUGACAGAAACUUUGGAUACUUUUGAUUUCUAUUUGCUUAUUGUGUCUGAGUGGAAGAGGGCACGCCACAUAGACCUUGCGAGAGUUAUCCAAAAGCUACAGAAGAAGUACCAUUUCGUCCAAACAAAGAUUGACUGCCAUUUGCAGGCCCAAGAAGACUUGUGUUGUCCAGAGACUGAAAUACUGGAUGGGCUUCGAGCACAGUGUGCUGAGGAGCUUCAAAGGGCAAAACUUGACAAUUCCCAACUAUUUUUCAUAAAUAGUUUAGACAGAAAGGCUUUUGACUUUGUUAGUCUGGAGAGUGUAUUGGGCAGUGACCUGGACACUAUAAGAAUAAGUGCUUUUGCAUAUUAUGUUGAUAUAAUUGUGAGAAACAAAAAGCAAGCACAAAGCUCCUGUCAGAUAUUAUAGCUGAUUGUUUCUGAGAUGUUGUUUUCAGUGACAGUAGAGUGAAAAAUCUAUAUGUGAGAAAUGGCAACUUUUACACGGGCACUAUAUUGAACCAGUCUUGAUCUUGGACAAGAAAUGUACUGAAAUAUACAGUACCUAUACUAUAAUGCAAUAAAAUGCAACAGACUGUCUCAGCAAUUACAAUACAAUCAUUAGUAUUAUUAUCUAUUUUUUCAUGUACUGGUCAGAUUAUUAUUUUUUUGUUACAUCUACUGUAACUCAUCCAGUUGCCUUCUUACAAAAUAGGACUGUGUCACUACAAACUACUGCAUGGAUUUGAGGUGGCAAUUCCAGGAAAAGAAACAGAAAUUAUUAAAAAUCAUAAAAAAUAGGGAUAUAUAGAUAUGAUGGCAAUAUUAGCUGCUGUGCAAUAGGUGGAAAAGGUAGUACUGGAAAGGGUUUUGAUGUGCUCUGACUCAUCACCUGUUUUAGCAAGUUUAAGGUUAUUUCAUUCAAAAACUUGCAUAACCAACACCUGACAUUCAUAUGUAAUUACUGUCUGAUGUUCCUGUACCCCGCCUGUAAUUUACAUAUAAUUGUAAAGGGGGAAUACAAUGGCUGAUUUCAUUGUGCCUGUGUCCCACCUGUAGUUAGCAUAAUGGCCUGUCUGUAAAGCAAUCAACUGAUCAACACAGGAUGGCCCUUCUAUCCUGUCCACUGUAAGUUCUCAAGUAGAAGGUCCUAACUGUAUCUUUCGAAGGCCAUUUGUUACCAGGUAUAAUGUCUGGUCACACAGACAGUACCUUUGGGUUAAGUUCCAUAAGACGACUAUGCUACACGAACAUCUUCAAUAAAUACUGUGAACUUGG